CAUUUAACUUUUAGGUAUUAGUAAUACAGGUAUUUCCACUUAAAAGAUAAUUCUCAUUUUGGUGGAUGUAUCAACUGUUUUAUACAGGGCACCUGUUCUGGUAUCAGUGCAAUUGGCAGAGCGUUGAGCUGAGCUUGCUCUGUGUUUGGGAGCAGGUUUUUCUGUACAGGCGUUGGGAUGCAGUGACUUCUUAGACAGGUGGUUCAAGACAUCUUAGUGUCUGUGAAGUGCAGUUACAGGUUCUGGCACACGUAGAUUGAAGAGUAACCAUGUUGAGCUGAGGCACAAUCCAUGCUGAGUUUUAGCAGGUUUGGUUGUAACUGGUUCUGAUAUUUUUGACAUGGCUGUAAUGACCAUAAUGACACCAAGUGUCACUGCUGCUCUGUGCUAAUUCAGAUUGUUCCCAGAUAGCAACAGGAGCAGAUAUUGUUGGGGGAGCUGUUCUGGUCAGCUCUGUGUCCCUAAGAAAUGGAGUGUGGGCAGCUUUCAGGAGUAGCCAAGUCUUAAGUUCUGGUAGUCUGGUUCCUCUGGCUGGUGGUGAUUGGUAAGCUCCUAACUUCUCCAUUCUCAAGUAAUCCAGUGCUUUUGGAAUUCUCAAGAUGGAUUGGAUGAAGUCUUAAACAUGAACAUAACAAUGUGUUGAAGAUAAAUGGUUUCCCAAAUUCAGUGUACUAAUUACAAAGGAUUUCACACAUGGAAACUGGAUGUAUUUCUUUGUUCCCUACGUUGCAAUUGUUGUAGCAAUGAAAGUUUUGAUAGGCGCUGGUUAUUGAUCUAUCCCACAUGACAUCACUCCUUCUGUUGCUGUUAGUGGGGGAUUAUGAUAAAAAAUUGACAAAAUUUAAUGUUUUUAGUUUUAAACCAUGUAAACAAAGGUUUAAUUUGGGGGAUAAAUUAUUUAUGCUGUGUAUGUUAUAAUUGCAUUCUUACUCAGUAUGUUGCAUUCAAAGGCCCAGCCUUCGGCUGUAUGUGCAGUGGUGAAUGUGUGCUAGUGUGUUCAAAUACUUGUAUUUUCAUCUGUGUGUAUAACAUUUGACUAUGGAGAAAUGUCCUCCUUAUUAACAAAACUAGGGUCAAAAAAUUCUGCUCUAGGCAGCCUUUGCUUUGCACCUGAUCAAAUAAAGCGUGCAUGAUGGCUUUAAAAUUUACAUUUAAGUGCAUGCAUUUAGUGGAUGGAAGAGACUAUUUUGUUUAAAGCUCUAUUUUAGUACAUUGUGUAACCAAAGCAUGGUUCUGGGUGUCUGCUGAAAUAUCUUUAUGGUGUAACUCAUAGAUAAUAGUGUUUUAUUAUGUGAAAAUUUGUUGUUCAGCUUGUCCACAAAGAUGAUUUCUUAGAAUAUCUAUGGGAUAGGUAAAAUGAACAAGUAAUUAGUAAACAAAACAAAUCCUGCUCAUUCUAUCUCAGCAUCCCAGAUAAAUUACUAAGGAGCAACAGUAAAGGAAAGCUGAAAUUUUCCUUUGAGAUCGUGUGGUAGACUUGGUAUUGUUAAUACUUUCCUAGGACAAUAAAUUUCUAUCCCUAGAAAAUGCAUAUAAGCUUACAUAUGACAUAAAGACACAUAUUCAAAGGGCUCUUUUUCAGGUAGUGCUGCUCUUGGAGAGAUUUUAAAUCCAGGAGGGCAUGAGUCAAAAGCAGAUAUUCUGUGACUUGUUUCUCAAUAGCUAGUGCAUUUAGACUCCAUUUCUUCUGCUUGUGACUAAGAGCCUCAGACACCCUGAGGAAAGAAGGUUCUCCUUGUUUAGCAAGAAAAAGCAGUCUAGAGUAGGAUUUUCAGACUUUCAUUACAGCUGCAGAAUAAAAAUGAGAAAUCAGUGUUCCAAGUAAGUGGUUUUACAGUUAGAGCACUGUAGAAUCUAAUGCAUUAUGUGCUUAAAGAGGAAAAAAUGUAAGGAACAGCUAAUAAGGUUAAAUGUAUUUCUCUUUUGGCUUUUCAGCAGACUCUUUCUGUGCUGCAUUAUCCUGAUCAGCUCUAAUACGUGCAGAACAGUAACGAAUGUCAAUGUACAUUGCCCCCCACCUCCCCUUCAUUGUUUAUACAUUGGAUUUUUUUUGUUCCAUUUUUCCUGUAGACCACUGCAGACUUCAUGUCUUCCAUUGGAUUAAGUGUGCAGCUGUGAUUUGCAUGCAUGAAGAAGAUCGAACUGAAUUUUCCAUUUUUAUUGAAAAUAUGGAAAAAAAUGUUAUGUAUUGUCCUCUGGGAAAUAACUGCAGCAUUUGAAUAGUGCUUAGAAUUACAUCAAAGAUUGCAAGUAUGUGUGUGGGAGGAAUGGCAUAGCUAUGCUUUAGAAAAAUUACUUGGUUUGAGAGUAUUUUGUAUUGCUUUUUUUUAAUGUUUGAACUGCCACAUUGCUAUUUGCUUUUGAUGGAGGAUGUUAGCUUUAGAAAUGAAGAUUUUUACCAGUUAAGCAUAAUAUGCAUUUAAUUAUCUACUUUCCCAGUUUUUGUACUAUUUUAACCCCUUUGUGUAUUUGUACUGGUAAUACAUUUUUUGUUUUAAAGAAAAAUUUAUCUGCUGAUAAUGUGCAUGGCUUUAUGCCAAGAAAAGGAUAUUUACUCCUUUUAUUUAAUGCAGGAAGACAAGUAGUCCUUUUGCUUUUCACUCAUGGAAUUCUGAAGCUUCUUUAGAUGGUGUAAGGAGAAGUCUUACUGGUUUUGUGUCUAAGUAAUCCAUUAAAUGCUCACUGCUGUUUAGGAGGAAAAAUAUGUUAAUGUUGAAAACUAGAUUUACUAAAAGUAAUGUCAGCAGGAAUGUGAAAAGAAGGAUUAAGUGAUUUAAACACCUACAUUUUUAAAACAUUCAGAAAUAAUAAUUUCAAAGUGUUGACUCCUUUCGUACUGUUACGGAGAUUUGUGGCUGACUCGGUGUUUUAAGUAUUUUUUAUGGAAUAGCUAGUUGUAGGGAGAUGUAAAAAUUGGAACUCUAAAGGGUAUUCCCUAAAUACAGGUGGGUUUCAUUUCUCAGUAUUUCAGUGAUUGCUGCCUUGUUAGAUUUAAAAUUCAAAGGAUAAUAAUAUAUACUUAUUUUUUGGUGUAUGUAUAUUUAUCUUAUUUCUAUUUAAUCAGAAUUAAAAAGAAGGUUGAAAAAAAAAACCCUACAUUGUUGCAGUGUCUAUGCAAAAGCAACACAAUCACAGAUUCACAGACAAGUUGAGGUUGUAAAGGACCUCUGAAGGUCAUCUGUGCCACCUGCGGGGCCACCUAGAGCCAAUUGCCCAGGACUCUUUGGUGAUGGUUUGGUUGAGGGUUUUUUGUUUGUGUUGUGUUUUGUUUGUUUUGGAUUUGGAGUUUUUGCUUGAUUGUGUUUAGUAUUAUUUACUUGUUUUCCUCCUUAAAAGCAAUACUGGAGGUGCAUCUACCAUGUCUUCACUUCACUUCCAGCUUUUCCUUUUUGCUUCUUUGAGGAUAGUGAAAGAGCCCUUUCUUUUAGGGCCAUCCUGUGUACAAGUUAAUUUUUCUCCUUUUAUUUUGAGGAGUACCCGUAACGUAAUUACCUUUGUCAAGGUAAGGGCAAAGAUCCUGCUGUGUGUUUGGAGCUUGCUGCUGUGGUUUUUCAGUGCUGUUAGGUACACAGUAAUGCACAUACUCUUUUGAAGAACUCCCUUCAGUAGUAUUACCUGUGUGAUGGGAGAUCCCAUUAUUUCCAGAUGAAUAUGUAAUUGCUUCUGUCAGUUGGGGAAUGUUGCUUAAUUUUUUACUUUUUCUCCCCUGAUACAUAGUAGUGUUAUUCUGUUCUCACUCUCACAUUUGCAAAUUCCACCUGUCCUUUCCCAUUUUUAACCCUGAUCAUGGAACUGAUGCUGAGCCAAGUCUUAGUUGGUGUCCUAGAGCCCUGUAACUUACACAGUUGUACUGUCUUGAGAGUCCUUGUAACACUGAGCCUCUUGGCUGAUUCCAGACAGCAGUGAGUUGUUUUAAGUCGCUGUAUGUUCUAUGAAAAUGAAAGGCAAGUGAUCAUUAAAUAGCUUGAACAGGAAGGACUAAGGUAUGAGUUCAGCUAUUAUUAAAUAUCAGAACAGGGGAUGGGAGGAGAGGAAUUACAAUGUUUUGAUGAAAAAAGGAAGUAAGCUAAUACUGGUCCUUACCUUUUUAUUUGAUACCAGAAAUCCAGUUAGAAAGCAAAAUCCUGUGAAGUCGGGCUUUAUGCUUCCUCUUCAGUUGGGUGCUUCUUUUUGAGGUGGUCAGAUUUAGUGAAGUGGUUCUUUCCUCAUCUGCUUUUGUGUAAGAGCUGGCAACAACUAAGAAAAUUACCUGAUGGUAAUUUUUCUUUCUGGUAUGCAUUUGAUGUUGAGGAGUAAGAGACUCACAAAGGGAGGUUCCAGAGCAGUUUGCAUGUUUCUCUUUGUCUUCAGUGACACUGAAGGGAAGGCGCUGCCUUGGAUACUGGUGAUUCAUGGCAGGGGACGUGGAAGGGUUUAGCUCCUCCAUCCAUGACACCAGUGUCUCUGCAGGAUUCAGAGCACUGUAUGAGGAGGGAUUGCUUCUUGAUGUCACACUUGUCAUUGAAGACCACCAAUUUCAGGCCCAUAAAGCACUGCUUGCCACCCAGAGUGAUUACUUCAGGAUUAUGUUCACAGCAGACAUGCGAGAACGAGAUCAGGACAAAAUCCAUUUGAAAGGUCUGACAGCUACAGGCUUCAGUCAUGUCCUCCAAUUCAUGUACUAUGGAACUAUUGAACUGAGUAUGAACACUGUUCAUGAAAUCCUUCAGGCUGCCAUGUAUGUCCAGCUUAUAGAGGUGGUAAAGUUUUGCUGCUCUUUUCUCUUAGCUAAAAUCUGCUUAGAAAACUGUGCAGAAAUUAUGAGACUUCUGGAUGAUUUUGGUGUAAACAUCGAAGGAGUCAGGGAAAAAUUGGAUUCCUUUCUGCUAGAGAAUUUUGUGCCACUCAUGUCCAGACCUGACUUUCUUUCAUACCUGAGCUUUGAGAAGCUCAUGUCUUACUUGGAUAAUGAUCAUCUGAGCAGGUUUCCAGAGAUAGAGCUGUAUGAAGCUGUUCAGGCCUGGCUACGCCAUGAUAGAAGACGCUGGAGACAUACGGACACCAUCAUUCAGAACAUCAGGUUUUGUUUGAUGACACCAUCCAGUGUUUUUGAGAAGGUAAAAACAUCAGAGUUUUAUCGAUACUCCCGGCAGCUGCGACAUGAGGUUGACCAAGCCAUGAAUUACUUUCAUAGCGUUCACCAACAGCCUUUGAUGGAAAUGAAAUCGAACAAAAUUCGUUCAGCCAAACCCCAGACUGCAGUAUUUAGAGGAAUGAUAGGACACAGUAUGGUAAACAGUAAAAUUCUUCUCUUGCACAAACCAAGGGUCUGGUGGGAACUAGAGGGUCCUCAAGUACCUUUACGACCAGACUGCCUUGCCAUUGUAAAUAAUUUCGUGUUCUUAUUAGGUGGGGAAGAACUGGGGCCAGAUGGUGAGUUCCAUGCUUCAUCCAAAGUGUUUAGAUACGACCCAAGACAGAACACUUGGUUACGAAUGGCAGACAUGUCUGUGCCACGUUCUGAGUUUGCUGUUGGAGUGAUUGGCAGGUAUGUUUAUGCAGUGGCUGGGAGAACCCGUGAUGAAACGUUUUACUCCACUGAACGGUAUGAUAUUACUGAAGAUAAAUGGGAAUUUGUGGAUCCCUAUCCAGUAAAUAAGUACGGACAUGAAGGGACUGUGCUUGGUAACAAGUUGUAUAUCACUGGUGGAAUUACAUCAUCUUCAACUUCUAAGCAAGUGUGUGUGUUUGAUCCCAGUAAAGAAGGGACAGUAGAGCAGCGAACACGGAGAACUCAAGUGGUCACUAACUGUUGGGAGAACAAAUGCAAAAUGAAUUAUGCGAGGUGCUUUCACAAAAUGAUUUCUUAUAAUGGUAAGCUUUAUGUCUUUGGUGGUGUUUGUGUGAUCCUGAGAGCUUCCUUUGAAUCUCAAGGAUGUCCAUCUACAGAAGUCUAUGACCCUGAUACUGAUCAAUGGACUAUAUUGGCUUCUAUGCCAAUAGGUAGGAGUGGUCAUGGUGUAGCUGUUCUGGACAAACAGAUAAUGGUUCUUGGAGGCCUUUGUUACAAUGGUCAUUACAGUGAUUCCAUUCUCACUUUUGAUCCAGAGGAAAACAAAUGGAAAGAAGAUGAAUAUCCAAGGAUGCCAUGCAAGCUGGAUGGCUUGCAGGUCUGCAGCCUGCACUUCCCUGAGUAUGUCUUGGAGCAUGUUAGACGUUGCAGCUAAAAUGGAAUGAAAAACCCAAUCAAAUACAAAAGAGCUAUAGUAAUUUGAAAAAAAUUACAAACCAGUUGAAUUCCUGCAGAGUCAUUUCCUUGUGUAUAAGAACAAUGGCUCAAUGCUCAAGAGAAACAGGAUGUACAGGGAGUGUACGUACUGAGUUUAUUAGAAAAGGCGAUAGUUGGUCUGACCUUGUGAAAGCUUUGGGGUUUUUUUAACAAAUAUAAUUUUAAGUGUGAGAAAAAUAUAUAUUUUUGAGUCUGCUUUUUUUUUGUAACAUUUUAUGUCCACAAUAUGUUCUUUUUUUUUUUUUUUUUUUUUUUAAUGGCCAUUAUACCACUAUGCUUUUGAAAUAAGUUAAAUUUGACAAAAUAUUUGUGAAAGGAAGGGAAGAAAGAUGUUCUUUUAAUUUUUUAUUGAACAUCACAAUAACCGUACUAGGGUACAACCAGGUAUAAAGUAAAAAACCAGACUAUUUCUGUACCUUAUGUUGUCUUUUAGAUGCUUUUUCCAUUAACUGCAAAGUACUCUCAAAUCUACUAGGUGUUUUUGUUUUCCCUUAUUUACUUUGGAGAAGAAUUUUAACCCUUUUGCAUGACCCUUUUCCUGGUUUUGUAUAGUUGUACCAGUAAGUCUGCCAAAAUGCAAAUUACACAUUUUCUACUAAAUUGAAAACAAAGCAUUUUUAUAUUCAAAACACUAUUUCUAUGCUGCCUUCUAUUGUCUGUGUUGUGUUUGUUGGUGAGUAAAAAAAUGUAUACACACAUGUGCAUACACUGUAAAAACUGUAUAUAAAUGCAUCUUUUUAUGUGCAGUUACAAUAUUUUAACUAGUGCACAGAUUCAGCCAUAUCUGUUGAAUUUAGGGUAUUCUUUCAUGAGCUAAAUAGUUCAAAGUUCUUAAGUGAAACUGGAAGCCUCAUUUGGUAUCAAAGUAACUUAUCUUUAGUAUAUACUGAUUGAUUCAGUAACCUUAAACUCUUUAUAUUGUUCCUACAUAAUGAACUGUUAGUUAUUUCUUAUUUUAUAAAUUAUUUCUUAAAAAGUAAACUCAUUUUACCUGAGUUUCUUUUCGGUUUCAAUGUGCUGCCCAGUUUUCUUUUUUCAUAAAAAUAUAAAAUGUCAAUAAGCAAAUGUUCAGCACUGCUGUAACCCACAGUUAUUUUUGGAACUGGAUACUGGAUAUGCUACAGUUUAUUGUCAAUACUUUUCUUAUACUCACACUGCAAUAUGAGUACUCAUAUUGAAGUGGUAUAAUAUUUUUAUUAUUAUUAUUAUUUAAUUAAUAACUGUUAAGAACUACUGUGUUUUGAAAAUGUGCAGUUAGGUGGUUGGUUUGUUAAUAUAAUUUCUGUUUCUUUUAUAAAAACCUACACAACUAUGGCUACUGACCUUGGAGUGCCUGAAUAGAGAUAGCUGGUCCAAGAGGGCUUUGACUAUUCCAGUGUGUUAAAUUGCAGGUAUAAAUGACAAUAGAUUGAUAAGAAUUAUCUGCCAAGACAUAAAUAAUAACAGUAACUGCAUUUGGACUGUCUUUGUGGAUAUAAGUUAGAGCACUUCUAGAGCCCAAAGGAGCCAUCGGGGGAAGCUGAAGGCUCACAUGUAGUUCAGAUGCUGAAACGUGAGCUGCAUAUUUUGUAAAAUCUUACGCUGCUGUGUUUCAUUUUAAGCAAUAGACUUUACUUUAUAUGCAGCAAUGCAAAACCAUGUUAUUCAGCAUCUUCCAGUCAGAAUUCACUGUAGAAAAGGAAUGUACAGUACUCAGGGAGUCUAAAAGAAUGCACUUACAAAGGGACCAAAAUCACCCCAAAUUUUCUAUGUUAAAAAUAACACCUACUUGUGUAAAUGAAUUUCAAAUUACAGAAGUUAAAACAAUGUGUAAAACUUGUCAUAUUGUGUUCCGGUAUUAUUGUAGGAAUUAUGUUCUGUGUUGAAAUGUCAGUUUUUGGAGCUAUAUGGCAAGUCAGCAGAUUUUUAGGGUUUGUUUAUUGUUAGAAAUGAUUUAUUAAUCGAGUAUUUUCAUAUGUUUUAGAACAAAGAGGGAAUGUUUGACAUCAUAGCUGUAGUGAUAAGUUAUUUACUCCAGAAGGGACUGGACCAAAUAUUGAUACUCAGCCUUCAGAUGCAGACUAGUUUGCAGCUAAAUUUGUCUUUUUUAAUAAGAAUUCAGUUUACUGGAUUAGAAAUCUAAUUUACUUUCUUGAUAGCCUAACUUAAAGAAAAUGUGGCUUAUACUAAAACCUCAGUUUCACUGUGUGACAUGUGUACAUCACCCUACAUGGGGAGGGAUAAACUGACUCUGGUAGGUGCUGGCUGUGUGCUGACUGUACAUAGUUUAUGGACUAUUGGGGCACAAGAGAAUAAAAAGACAGGUUGGAGAAUUUUUGUUUGUUUGUUGGGGUUGGUUUUUUUGUUGGUUUGUUUGGUAUUUUUGUUGUUAUUUUUUUUGUCACCAGCUCAUUUCUUAAUGAGGCAGCAAGCUAAUCCUGUGUGAGGCGGCUGUCAAGGGCACAUUACAUAGAGUAGAGUACUUCACUUAGUGGGGCCAGUGCCAGUGUGAGGAGCAGCCCUGGCUCUGGGUAUCAGGUGUUCAGGAGUCAGAUGUCUUGGAGACAUGGCUAAGACUUUAUUAAAAGUAAUGGUUAGGAUAUGGGUAUCUCAAAUUACAUUUUUGAGUCUGCAUUUAAGCGUCUUCUGAAGCUCUGUGCACUCAGCAGCUGCCACUAAAGUCAUUGCUGAGUGCUGACACUUGAAAAAUGAAGAACCACAUCGGUUUUGGUGCUCUGCUUUUAAGCUCAUGUUUAUCUUCAGGUGCCCAGUUCUGAAAGAUCUCGUUCAGGAUUGUAGUAGUAAUUGUUCUGUGAAAUUAUAAUUGAACUGUUGGUUUCAGCUUCCCUGAAGCUAUGUCUCCAUUGAGAGGCUGGCUGUAACCUUUCCAGCAUUGGGGAUGGUUGGAAUUUGCUUGGGAUUUGAAUGGAGGGGAUAUGAGAAUGUUUUGUCAAUUUACAUAUCUACUGUGUGUUCAUUGUUUGAUACCUGAAAUACAAAAAUUAGCUUCUCUUCUCCUUUAUGUAAGUAUAAUGGAACUUUUGAGACAGUUACUUUGGUUACUUGGAGGGAUUUUUUAACUGAUUUUUUUUUUAUAUUUGCUCUUAGUAUUUAGCUCCAGAUAAUUUAGUACCUUAAUGGGAACAAACCUAAGAUGGCUAAUAGGAAUUGCUCAUUACUAUCAAAUUUUGAGCAUUAUGGUGAGAUUAAGAUGGGUUUUAAAAAACAUUUAAAUGCCUCUCAUUUGUCAAGGAAUAGCUAAGUUAUGAUCUUUGUUUAUUAGAUUUGAGGAGGUUCUAUUCCCAUCCCAUGAUGGAAUACCAGUAAUUUAAGGUCACCGACAUGUUUAAAAUUCGACGUAUGAUUUGCUUUGAAAAGCAAACGUACUUGCCUUUUUUUAGAAAGGUGGACAUAGUGAGUUGCAAUUUAGGUUUUUUUUUUGGUUUUUUUUUUUCACAUCUAUAGAAAAAAAUGUAUAAGCUUCAUGUAUUAAUUUAGCAACCAACUUCAGGAAGAAAUUUUCUAGUGAGACAAUGGACAAAAAGCACAAUGUUCCUGUAAAGGGACUGGAUACUGCCAGUUCCCAUUUCAUAUGCUCCUAGGUCUGUUUUUAGGGGGCAGAUUUUUUUUUUAAGUACUGCAUAAGGAAAAAAUAGCUCACUUUCUGCCACGAAGUGUUGGUAGUUUCAUUGUGGGAGGCAAUGGAAUCACCAGUCAGGUGGCAAAAAGAAACUUUAGAAAUUUUUUCCCCAUGAAUUCAACUGGAAGAAAGCAGACCUUAGGUUUACAGAGGUCCUGCUGUUUCAGAAAGCACUGCUAGCAAGUGGCAGCAUAUGAGCUACCUGGUAACCUGCUUUUAUGUUACUUUCUUUUGAAAAAUGUGGAUGCCCUACUUCCUGCAGUAUGAUAGCAGUCCUGUUAGAACUAGCUCUGAGGGUUUGACUGUAAUAUUGCCCUGGUUCCUGAGCUUUGCAGCUAUGUAUUCUUGAGUCCCUCCUGCCUUAGAAUCCUAUGUGCUGCCUUUCCUCUUGCUGAUAAUAUGGUAACUACUUGUGUCAGGGAUGAAGCUUCACUUGACACUCAGGAAACAAAGUUCAGCAGCUGCAGAUUCGAACUGAUGUAAAAAACCCCAUUGCAUAACUCACUAUGUCCAUUCUUUAGCAAAGGGAGGGUAAGCAUUGUGGGGAGACACUGACAGUUCUUUAAAAUAAAUUUAUAGUUUGUGUCAGCCUGUAUAUGUUGAAGUCUUUUUAGAAGUAAUUGCAUUUGUAGAGGUAUUUUGCCUUUUUAAUAUACUUUUUCUUAAAAAAAAAAAGUGAAUUUGGCCCCAGAUUCUUUUAGCACUUCAGAUGUGGACUUUGCAUAUGUGAAUAGUCCAAUACAAAGAAGCAGAAAAUUCUAAGCUACUUAAAGGAAAACAUGUAAGCACAUGUGUUACUAAGCCUGUGCAUAAGAGUUUAUAGGGUUGGGGCCAUCAGAGAAAACAUCUCUACUGUUAAUAAAAAUAUAUAUAGGUGGUGAAGUUACUUGAAUACAUAUAGGUGGUGAAGUUGUCUGUCACAUGUGGUGGGGUUUACUAAAUGAGAGUGGGAAAGAACAUAACUGGAGAACACAUCAUCUAGUUGAAAACAUCAUCAUCUUGCUGGUGUCCUGUAGCUAACAUUCUGAGAUUUUCAUGUAUGUUAAACAACUUAAAGCUGCUUAAAAUAAAUACUAAUGACUACUUUUGCAUCUGUAUUCUAUUUUUGAAAGAUGGUAACUUGAAAAUUUCCAUUUUGUGUGGGUAAACUUCAUAAAACAUAAUUGUAUGUGGCAGGUGACAGAAAAACUAAUUUGUUUUGAGCACAGCUUUCCUGUGUCUCCCUCUACUAAUAUUUUUACACUUCUCUAAGUUCAAUUUGUGUAAUCUUUUAAAAAUAGCUUUCAAAAAUCAAUUUCAAAUACCUUUGGAUUAAUAUUAAGUUGGUAGCUGGGGAAAAUAAUUUCAAUUUGCAGAUAGUUUUUAUUUAUGGCUCUGGUAGAAAAAUCUUACUGUAAGUCUAGGAAAUGAAGUGCUCUGUAGGACUGUAAAGUCAGCUAUAUUUAGAGGGGCUUUUAUUACCUCAGUGGGACCCACCUAACUUUUAUGUCAGUGUUGGAGCAGGUGAAGGGAAGAGUGAAUUUUGUGUUAAUGUUAAAUAUUUUUCCCUAUAUAUUAUUUUUGUAGAUCUUUCUAAAAUAAAUUAUUAUAUGCUGGAGAUUGCAAUUCCACUAUAAUUCCCACAAUUCCAGUGUACAAUAUCAGAUUGUUUGUAUUGAAAAGAAUGUAUUUGAUAAGUUAACAGGAAAAGUUAUUUUCAAACUGUACUGUGUUUGUGUCUAGCUAUUGGAAAUACUUUUCCUAUAGAAAAUCAAAAUUAUAUGUAUAUGUCCUCAUAUAUACAUUCAGAUUAACUGUCUAAUGAUUAGCCUGGGACUGCUAUAAGCUUAUCUGAAUAAUUUAAGAAUUGCCUCUUUAUAAAUGUUUUAAAGCAUUUUUCUUGUCUUUUUUUUUCUUCUUUUUUUUUUUUUUUUUUUUUUUGGCAGAAAGUAAUUUUCCCUUGCUAUGGAUACAGUAUGCUCAGACUUGCAUAUGUGCUCUGUUUGGGUUUCAAGCUGAAAAAAAAUGUAUAAAAUAUGUAUAAAGAAAAGUGUAAAUAAAAUAUUUUUAAUCUUUAAACACUCUUGUGUAAACUUUGUAGUACUCAAAAAUGUAGUGGACCUGGAUUAUCUUCUCCAGGACUUCAGAGGUAACUCAGUUAAACAGCUCUUCAAAACUGUCUUGAUACAAUAUUUAUGUAAGAUUUUAUUAAAAUUGUCCCAUCAAGUUGGAUGUGCUUAUAUAAAACAACUUCAGGCUUCUCUUUAGCUUUGUUUCACAGCUGUCUUCCCUGUCUUAAUUGCUGGAGUGUGUUUAUCUGUUUAGUCUGCAUUUCAGGCUUGAACAACUGUUUGGAGUUGACUUGGUUGGUACAUUUGUCCCCUGGUGUGAAGUUGUGAAUUCAGACUGCCAAGGCUGAGCAGCCAGGGCAGCGUUGGGUGCUGUCAGCAGCCAGGAGAGAGCGUUCCCCGCUCCGGGCCCCAGACAAGGCGUGUUCCUCGCACACCUGGACUCACAGUGCCACAGGGCCGGCUUGUACUUCUUAAUCUUUCCUGUAACAGGAAGGGGAAACUUCAUUUCAGGAUUAAGGUGUCAGAUCAGCAUUCAGCACCAGGGAGGAGGAGCAGGGUGGGAGGGCAGGUAAAACAGGUUAUAAUCCUAUUUUCUCAAGCAGUCCAAUGAAAGCCUUCCUUGUCAGUCCAUUGCCACACUUUUACUUUGUCUGUCACUAUUUUGUCAAGUCUCUCUCAGAUCAAAGCCCCUGGUUUAAAAGUCUGCUGUCAAGAAUAUUUGAAAAUAACUGCAGUGUCUUUAUUUUUUUUUUCAAUAUUGAGUUCUAAAAUAGCAUUUUAACUUUAUUUUAAUAAUUCAAAUUACUUUAAACUUCAUUUGCAUAAAGUAACUUUCCACAUUCCCCCCUCCUUCCUCUCCUUGUUUAGUAACUUUUCUUCAUCCUACAUAGUGCACUGUUUAAUAGGAGAAUGCUGUGGAGGAAUUAAAGGGAGGUAGGGCCACUUUUAAUUUUGAUAUGUCCCCAUUUUGACUUCAAAAGGAGACCAAACGCAUUAGAUUGAUACAGUAGAAGUUGACAAUCUUUUCACACUGUACAUAUUACUUACAUUUCUUUUUAUUUGCCUUUUUAAUUUCCCUUCUCAGUGAACUGGGUUGAAUUUUUGGCAAUACCUUUUUUCCAAUAUAUCACAAUGCCUGACUUGUUAGCACCUCUGUAGCUCAUCAGGCAUCUCCAACAAAGUUUCCAUUAUUUCACUAACAGCUCUCACAUUUUGACUGGUUCAUACUAAACUCUUCACUUUUUUAUUAAUACAUGGUCUUAUUUUUUGGCAGUAGUUAGUAAUCUGUGUUCACUUGUUUUGUAUGGUAUGAAAUUAAUGUUAUUUUGGCAAAGGGCUUAUUUGGUGAAUGCUUUCUAUAUUCUUUGCUAUAAAUUAUUCUUGUUGACAUGAAAUUCUAAUUUCAACAGCUGUUCCCCCUUUGUUAUAGGUUGGGGUUUUGGGGUUCUGCUUUUUUGUUUGUUUAUUUGUUUCCUUCCUGAAUCCAUUAGCUUCAUAAUAUGAGAAGGCAGAGUGUUGCUCUGGGUGUUAAAUUCUGUAUCAGUUCUGUACCUUUUGAAUUCACGAUACUCUGAUGGAUAUGUGAUCCCUUAUCCAGCCCCUAGCCUGUCAAAGCUUGCUGAUGGUUCAGUGUCAUCCUUUAACUGAAGUACCACCUUGUCCAAGGCAACUUUCUUGGCAUGUGCAAAACCUUCAUUCAAAGAAGAGGGUAGGGAAUAUGUGUAAAGGCCGCUUCAAUUUCUUGUUCUCUUAACACUUUCCACUUCUGUGUUCAAUUCUAUACUUGUGCUGACAGGUGCUGUGGGCAAUAUUUACAGGUAAAAACAAACCUCAUUAUGAUGUCUGUUUUAAGCCUGCAGUGACUGGUCAGUCAUCUGUCCAUUGGAAUGAAUGCCAACAUUAAGCAUCAUGUGCUGAGCACCAAACAUUCUAGAUUGAUGAUAUGUGGUAUGUAAAGGAAUUUAAAAAAAACCUCUUGGCUGUGAAUCUGAUGUCAUCAAAUGUCUCCUGGUGGUGUCACCCUUGGUAGAAUUUCUCCUAUAUUGCAAAUAAAUGUUGUUCAAUAAGUGGUGCUGAAUAAAAUACUGGUUUUCUAAUGAGGUAGAAGACUAAUGGUUAACCCUUUCAUUGCACUAUUUAAUUUUAGCAGACAGCUAUGUCUGUCUUUGGCUUAAACUGGCAGCCUCCUUUCCCACAGCCUUUUCCAUAUGUCCAGGCAUGUUCUAAACGUUGGUUUGUUUGGACUUUGUCAUGUGUUUCAUCUCACAAAUUUGAGUUAACACCAUGUAAUUAUUUUUUUCUGUGUGAGAAUCUUUUCUUUCCUGUGGUGAAUUGUGUGUGGUAUGGGUCUGUAUAUAUGUACUUGAGUGCUAUUGAUGAGACUUUCUGACUUUACCAUCUUUUCUUUGUCAAAGGAAUUACAUAAUGCCAACAGAAACCCAAGUAUUUCCUCUGUGUUCAAGUUCUGUCAUUUCAGGGUAAAAAUUCUAAUGUGGUCAGUGGGUUCCUCUUGUGGUUACCUUCCCAGAUUGCCAAAGUCAUACAGAAUGCAUGGGAUUGUGCUUCUGGUGCCAAUGGAAGGCAUGGUUUAAGUGUUUCCCCUAUGUUGGUAUAGAGAUGAGCUUUAUUUUCACUCCUGGAAAGCAAAGAGUUGCUCUGCUAUCAUUCUCCACCUCUCGGAAAGCCCUCCUGGCAAAUAUAUGCCCAGGAAAGAGUCCAAGUUACUUAGGUAUCCUUGGCUGAAAAUGUUCCAUAGGAUUUGCCUGGUGGCACACAUGCUCUCACUUCUUUCUCUUACUCUUACAGGUAGUUCUGCAAGGAUUUUUUCAUCUAACAGGUGGCAACUUGAUACCAAGAACUGAACUUUAACUUACUAUAAUGAAAUAAAAAAUACCAAAGUUUCAGAAGAUGUUUCAGAGGGCAAAAGCUUUUUUUUUUUUUUAAUCUAUAUAUUGCUUCUCCUGAUUUGGAGUUCAUUUAAUUGCAAUCAGGAAGUUACUGUGAAGUAAUAACUUUUCCUAACCUUUCUCCUGACAGAUUAUCCAAAGCACUGAAAAGCAUUGUGCAGUCAGAAGGAAAAAAAAAAAAAAAAAGUGGUGAUAAUUAACUGAACUGUAGCUUUUAGUUGAAUGACUUUUCAUGGUACUAAAGUUGGGAAUUGAUCCAAUUGCCAACCUUCUUUGAAGUGUUUUAGCUGUUUUCUAAAAAAGGUGGAUUUUCGCUUAGUGCUGUUCUCUGAAAACAAGGGGAGUGAGAUUGAUCUCUGUGUAAGUUAAAUAAACUAAAUACCUUAGCCAAGGAAAUCUCAGUACAAAAUUGUUAACACCCAAAUAAUAACGAAUUGUACUCUGCAGAACUUCUGCUUCUUAAAAAGUGAUCAGAGAUUCUCAAUUUUAAUUUUGUCCUAGCUUUGCUGUGCAUGGAUUUUUAUUUUUCCCAUGGCAAAAAUUAAUUACAAGAAUGUAUUUUUUGCUAAACUUGUUAAACUGGAGUAGAAAGCCACAGAGAGAUCUGCCCUCAGAUCUGCAGCCUUGUUCAAAGCAGUGCAGAACACAUUAAUGUGACUGGAUGGGUUAGCAAUUUUCCAGUAAUUUAACUCUUGAUGAUUUAUGCAUCUGCUGUGGAUGGAAAUAAUCCAAUAUCCUCCAGAGAUAGUGCCUGGAACCAGACAUACAAUUUACCUGUUUCAUAUUCCCAUUUUCUGUAAAAAUGGAUUGAUCCCUCAGGCUUUUCAGUUCAUGAAAUUGCCACUCUUAAUGUUCAGUGAAGUUGCUCCUAUUUGUAACACCCAGUUUCUGGGCCUGUGUAAUACUCUGCAUUGUUACAUGCAGAGAAGAGCAAGAACCUGUUUGAUCACACUUGAGAAAUGUGACAUUUUUCUCAUCUAUACAAGAGCCAAAGCAAGCUAAGGUGUUGUUUUUUGGUGUGCCAGCACCAUAUUGUACUAACUCACAAGUCUGAGGAGAUAGUUUCAAAUGCUAUAUUCGAUAGAAGCAGUUAAAAUUUGGCUGUCAGGCUGUGCCCCACUGCCCUGUGCCCCCUUGGUUCCUGCACCAUGAGCUGCAAUCAUGCCAGCCAUGGCCCUUCUCCAGAGGGAGUGGGGGGUAGGCAUCAGUGGUGUCACAUGAGAAGCAGUGGGGGAUGACGUGUGUUAAACAGAUCAGGGAUCCUUAGGGGACACCUCUAAAUGACCGCUUUCAUCAGUGAUUGUGAGACCUGUCCUAGAGUUUCCCAAAUGCACUUCAGGACUAAGCUUGUGUAAGGUUGCUGUUGCUCCUCUUGGCACAUGCUCCUAGAAAGAAGCAAUAGUGGGAGGUACCAGAUUAUGAUGGGGUUUAAUUAAUAUGAGGCAAAGGAAUGCAAAGGUGCAAACCCAGCCUGAACAAAUGCCAUGGUACCACAGAGCAAGGACUGGCAGAAGGACUUCCUGACUAAUGAUUUCUGCACAGAAAUGAGAUUAUGUUCCAAAAAGGGUAUUUUGCUUCCAGAAGGAAUGUGUACCUUUAACUGAAAAUUAUUUGGUAGACCUAGAAAUUAGUUUAGGUUAAUAAUGUACUACAUUUAAUAUGCAUGCAUAUUUAUGAAGAUGUGUAAAUCAAUACAUUUACAGGCAAAUGAGGUAAAGCUAUUCACAUCACCUUACUAAGAAAUUUGGGAUUCCUGUGAAAAUAUUUUUUUAAGGUAAAAAAAAUUCAUGCACAUACUAUAUACAGACUGGCAAUAGAUGCAGGACCUUUCAUCAUCUGGCUUGAGCUGGUUUCCAGAUGUAUCCUGUUCAACUGAAAUCUGAGGUGUAUUUUAAUUUUGAAAGGAGUUGGGUUUUGUUCUGAUGAGUAUUUACGGGCAUCAAAAAGCUGUUUGUGUUGCUAGUGCUACUGGUAGCCUGUUACCUGGGCUUCACUAGACAAUCCACACAUUUCUGGUGGUGGUAUCAACAACCUGUUGAUAGAAUGACAAUUACUCAUUGUGGCUGGAAGGAGUAGCUGAAAAAUGUGGAACCAGAGCUACUGCUGGCUGCAGCAAGAAGCCAAGGAUUUGAAUAGGUAAGGAACAUUUGGGUUUUUAACCAUGGUAUGUCAAAAGUGAGAUAGAUGUAGUUGAAUUAUACUGAGGUUUUUGCAUUAUGUACGUCUCUCUUCUACCUGCCCCUUGUCUUAUUUUAUAGAAUCUUUAUUUGGAAAGCACAAAGUUUAUUCUGAGUGCUGUCAAAAUGUGAGAAAGCUGGUGAGACAACAGGUGCUGAAGUUCGUCCUGGUUUACCUCAGAUGUGAAUGCAGUAAAGACUUUGCUGCAAUUAAAGGUAGGUCAGUGAGAACGCACAAAUAGCUCUGCAAUGGCAUCUGUUCUCAACACCCAAUUUACUUUCUGAAUGUGUGACUUUGCUUCCAAUAAAGGGCCUUUGACAAAGGUCGAAAAACGACCAACCUUAGCUAUUAAAAGAAAAAGCACAGGGUAAGUUUCACUCUAAAUAAGAUGGUAUUAAAUAAAAAACCUGUUCAAUUUCA